AUUAACAAAAAGCAUACGUUUUUUCUUGCAUUGCAAAUCACACUGUAUGUUUUUCUUGCAUUCGACACUUCCAUUUCAAAAUGCCAAUUGAGCUCUAUCUCGAUCUUCAUUCCCAGCCAUGCCGUGCUGUAUUUCUAUUUGCAAAGAUAACAAAAAUUCCCUUUGAGUACAAAGCCGUGGAUUUAUCUGCAGGUGAACAUUUUGGGGAAGAAUUUGGCAAGGUCAGCAUUUUAAGGAAAGUACCUGUCCUAAAAGAUGGAGAUUUCAUCCUCACAGAGAGCAUAGCAAUCCUGCAGUAUUUGGCAGUGAAACAUCACACCUCCGACCACUGGUAUCCAGCAGACCUGCAGAAGCGUGCACGAGUCGAUGAGUAUCUUUCUUGGCAGCACACAGCCCUACGAGCUCAUGGGUCAAAGGUUUUCUGGUUCAGGGGAGUCCUGCCUGUGGUCACAGGAGCCCCAGUGCCAAAGGAGAAGAUGGAUUCUGCCCUGGAGGACCUAAACAUGUCUUUGAAGACCUUUGAGGAGAAGUUUCUGCAAGACAGGCGCUUUAUAAUUGGACAGGAGAUUUCACUGGCAGAUCUUGUUGCCAUUGUGGAGAUGAUGCAGCCUGUUGGUACAGGUCUAGAUGUGUUUGAAAGUAGACCUGCCCUGGGUGCAUGGAGAGAUAGAGUAAAGAAAGCGAUUGGUGUUGAAGUCUUCGAUGAAGCCCACAAGGUCAUCAUGAAUGUUGAUGUACUGCCACAGACAUUUGAAAACAAGGGUUUACCAGAGUUUCUCAAGGUUAGGAUUAUGAAGAUGUUCAACUGAACAUUUGUCUUCUCAUUUUGUUUGCAUUGAUUUCUUAAACAUUUUAACAUAUGUUAUAAUUACUAUUCAAAAUAAAAAAGAAUACAAUCAA